GAUAUGAUCGGCAGCAUGAUAGGGAAUAAUGGCAGGUGUGGGUUUCAACUCGACAGCUCGAACCCAAUCCCGAUAUUAGUACCCCCUGCUGACAUGCAUGUCAACAAUCUCAAUGCUGCCCUGGCGCAAGUCACCAUCGCACUUGAAGAAGUACUUUCACAGCGGGGAACAGAACGUCUCUAUGAGAUGAAGGACUUGCUCAAGGUCAACUACAAUAGACAUAUCGCCAUGAUCCAGCACCAAAUCGACACUGCUGAGCAUUCGCCCCACUCCCCGGUCUCUUCGGUCUCGCAUGACAGCAUGCUUAAUCGGGUCAGGUAUAUCUGUUACCUCUGCUCUCCGGAGGAGCGCAAGAUAUAUCAGGCUCGAAGCAUUUUCAGACGGCAUCAAUUAUAUCUCCUUAAGACUAUAUUGCCUCCACCCGAUGUGUGUGGACUUUGCCCAAAAACGGUCAGCUGCUGGGAUGAGUACUUCAAGUGUGUCUCCGAGCAUUGUCGCAUUGGAAACAAUUCGACAAGCACUAGCGCAAGCCAGAGUAGACGAGGUAGUGAUGAUCGUGGAGGGGGCGACAAUGGUGGAAAUGGCUACAAUGGACACCACUUUCCUGGAAAUGGCUCCGGGGCGAAUGGUCCGCAGCUGUUCUUCCCAUCUGGCAACAGUGGAGCUUCUUCAUCGCAUGCUGGCCAGAACUAUGGCUUCCAAGGCAACGAUUUCUCCAACUGCGCGAACAUUGCCGAACACGUUGAUAAUAAAACAACCUUGAGCGAGUCUAGUGGCGGAACAGAAGCCGGUCUAGAUUCAGACUCACGGCCGGGUUCCAGCACAAGUGACGUGUCUCAUGAAACCGUGAGCAAGGGACCAUCGAGCCUCGUAAGCCAGAACUUGUCCCUAAUGCGAAGAAUCCAUCCAACGCAACAUGGAAGAUGUGAUUCGAUUCAGCGUGGCAACGACUGCCCGCCAUCUAACUCAUACGGGCCAGUUUCAAGACGCCUCUCAGACGACGCCCGUCAUUGCAUACCACGGUCUAACAGCCCUUUUGACACACCUCCUAGACCGGAUCCCCAUCAUGUGGCUAAUGGGUCAUGGUGCCGGAGUUGCGGGCAUCUUUUGGACGAUUGCAACAAGUGUCACCCUAAGAAGGGAACGGUUCUCAAGUGUCAUAUGUGUGCAGAUAUUGCCUGCAAGACGCACGACUUUCGAGAGUGUGGGCAAUCGAGAAACUGCGAGCAAAUUUUCGAUGGCAACAAUCUGUCUAUGUCAGAUCGUUCAGUCUCAGAUGAUACUCGAUCCCUAUCGCCAACCGAUCAACCAGGGGGUUUACCUGGCCAUGACGAUGACAUCGCUGAUGCGGUCCAUGGAGAACACUUUCACUCAAGCACGACGACUUCUAAAAUGAAUAGCCAGAAGUCCGGUAUUCUACAGUCGCACAUGCACAAGGCCUCAAGUAUUGACAGCCUCGGUUCUCUUUGCCCAGCACAAGUGACUGCGCAUGAUAAUGGCCAUGGUGACUUACUUGGGACCAAGAAGAUGGCUCAGGCAUGCAGUAUGCAGUCUCUUAUGAAGUUGCAACAUGAGUUGUACAGCGUUCUCCCAUUAUGUGUUCUGACUGUUGUGGAAGACUUCCUCAAUCAUAUGCAAAUCUGUUGGUUGAUAUACGAAGCAUUCAUCUUCCACUCAGCAGUACUCUCCCGGCAGGUCGGCCAAAGGGGCUUGACACUGAAAACCGAACCAGCCAUCAACCGACGUUUUCCAUGCUAUCCAUCGGGAAACCUGCGGCACAGCACCCCAGCUAGACGUAUUUCGCGUAAAAGACACGCCCAGUUGCGAGCGAAACUGCAUGUCGUCUUCGAGCUCAUCAAGCUCCAUGCCGCUGCCACAAGGAAGAAGUCUAGGAUGGGCCCAUUGAUGGAUGCCCUAGAGCCAGAACACCCGGAGUCUCGCGAUUUCAACGCUAAACUUCAAGUAUCCGAUUCAUCUGCCCAGGGCCCCCAAUAUCUCCAAGUGAUGUUCAUUCGCGGUACUGAAGCGGUAGGAGACGUUCUCUCUAACUUGAUAACAGACGUCGUAUUCGCAACGGAAGAGGAGCUGGAACUAAUCAAGCCCGUUUCGGCGUAUAUCUCGACGUUCUUUAGAGACAGAUCGAUGUGGUCCGUGGGGGAGAGUCUGAUUCAAUGA